ACCUCCUCUUGUCUUGCAACUUCGCAGCAAGCAGCUUCGAAUGUCUGUCCCUCCAGCCUAACAAACUACAUUCUUUGUGCCCGUCUUUUCCCGAUCCCUCGCACUGCUUGCUCUCGCAAAAAGGGCAGCUGCCAGCCCGAGUCCGACCCUUUGACGCAUUGCAAAGAUGGCGUAUUAUCGCGGAGCGCAAUCGCCCCGUGACGAGCAGCAGCAGUACACCACCAACCCACUGUCUCCGCCGUCCCAGCGCAAUCCCAAUCGAUGGUCGGCGAACAUGGCGACCACCAACGACGUGCGUGGAGCGUUGACGAGGAGGUUCACCACAAAUACAGUGCCCACGCUGUCGCCGAUCGGGCAGCAGCGAAGGCAGGCUGCCGGGGACACGCAUACGACCACCACAUCGCAGAACAGGAUGACUCCAUCUGAACGUGCAGCACGCCAUUAUGAGACGCUGCUUCAAGCUCAGCGCAAGAUCCAGGAAGAGCUCGAGAAAGUCGAUGCUGAUACCCGCCGUGAGGUUGAUGAGAAUAUUCGCCACGAGCAUUCAGUUACACAGCUCUUCGCGCAGAGCGAGCCGACGACACCGCCCGAGUACCAGAACGCCUUCCCCAACAAUCUUUCGCGGCCAAACCGCUAUUCAGCGGCGAGCUUGAUGUCGCCACCAGGCACAGGCAUCACCACGAGAUCAAACAGAGCGAGCACUCAUCUCACAUCGCCCCCUGCCGGCUUCGCACGACCAUACACAGCCAACAACAAUCCUAGUCUGCCAUCGCAAUCUGUGCCUGGUUCACGACGACAAUCGGACGACGAAGACGACAAUGACUUCGUCUACGGUUUCGAUAGCACGAUACGUCGUGCUGGCGCAAAUCCGAACCGCAACUCCAUGCCAAUCACUUCGUACGACCGCAGCAAGCGCAACACAACCGACCUCGUCUUCGGCCCUCUCAACACCACUGGUUUCCUCUUUCACGACGACGACAAGCUCACUUCAUUGUCUCAGUCUAACCAAACCUCACCACCUGACAGCAAGACCUACCUGCAGGUACAGCAUACUGCUGACGGCUUUCCGAAACUCAUCAGGCGUGAAGAAAACGGCGAUUUGUCGUUCUCUCCUGUUUCUGCAGCCCUUGAUCUCGCUUCAACUACCUCAGAAGCAGAUCCGCCGCAGGUUGCCGACCGUGCAACGCUCAAUCGUCACCGUAUCUCCUUGCCACCGAGUGCUUUGAGUGGCACUUCGGGUAUUGCUCCACUAAACAGCAUCUUGGCCAACGCAAACGACAGUCGCCCCUCAAACAACCGUCGCUCAAUGGAGGUCACUUUCGCUGCUGAGACGAAGCGCCCAGCGCUCCUGGCCACACCACCUCGGGGUCUGACAAACGGUUCCCUCAUGCCUCAGUCAUCCUACUCCACCAAUGACAUUCCGACGCUCAAGAGCAUCAACGGCGACUCUCACGAUGGUGGCGUUUCCAUUCUGUCUCCCCAGAACCAGCAAGCCAAUCUUGCCAACGUGAACGCCGCCUCGCCCAAGCAAAACCAUGCUGCUGCACUUCAGAGCCUCUUGUCCUCUCCUCAUCGCCAGAACCACGAUUACUCCCUCAUGCUCUCUCAAGACGACAACCACAACAACGACUUCAACCAUCAUCAACCAGCGCUCCACGCCGGUGCUGCUCCCUUCAACGUCGCUUCCGACCACGGUUCUGCUGCGGCCUACACUAGCCCAAAUAUGACACCAUAUGCUCCGGCAUACUAUGGCGGCUACACCAUGCAGAUGAUGGGCAACGGGUUCGCCAACAUGAACAUCAGUGGUGGCAAUGGCUUCAACAACUCUCAAGCUCCAUGGCCAAACCAGUUCAACAGCAGCCCAUACGCUCAACAGCAAGGUGUCUACGGCGGCUUCCAACAGUUUCCGCCUAACGGGCAAGCUGGCGCAGGCGCUGGUCGCUUUGAGAACAGCAACAACCACAACAACCCUCGCAACACGCAGCAGCAGCGCAAGCAGGUCGCCGAAGAAGCUCAGGCAAAGUACAAUUCCAUCAAGGUUGAGCAGCUCACUGGCGAGAUCUACAAUCUGUGCAAGGACCAGCAUGGCUGCCGCUUCUUGCAGAGAAAGUUAGAGGAGCGCAACGAGAAGACCGUGCAGGUCAUUUUCGAUGAGGUCAAAGAGCAUAUGAUCGAGCUUAUGGUCGAUCCAUUCGGCAACUACUUGUGCCAGAAGCUGCUUGAGAGCGCCAAUGACAACCAGCGCACCAUCUUGAUUGAGAAUGCAUCGCCAUCCAUGACCAAGAUCGCUCUCAACCAGCACGGCACUCGCGCACUUCAGAAGAUGAUUGAGUAUAUCUCCACUCCAGAGCAGAUUCAGCUCAUCGUGAAGGCACUCGGCAACGACGUCGUCGUCCUCAUUCAAGACCUCAAUGGCAACCACGUUAUUCAGAAGUGCCUGAACCACCUCUCGUCGAUCGACGCUUCCUUCAUCUUCGAGGCUGUCGGCGCUCACUGCAUCACUGUGGGCACUCAUCGUCACGGCUGCUGUGUGCUCCAGCGUUGCAUCGAUCACGCUGAUGGUCUGCAAAAGGGUCAGAUGGUCGAUCACGUCAUCCGCAAUGCAUAUGCUCUCGUGCAAGACCCAUUCGGCAACUAUGUCGUCCAGUACAUUCUCGACCUGUCCGAGCCGUGCUUCACCGAGCCCCUUUGCCGUGCUUUCUACGGCGAGGUCCCGGCCCUGUCCCGGCAGAAGUUCAGCUCCAACGUGAUUGAGAAGUGCAUUCGAUGCUCGAGCAAUGAGACGCGUCGCGAACUCAUCCGCGAGCUCAUGGUCCCGCAAGUGCUCGAGAAACUCCUUCGUGAUGGCUUCGCCAACUAUGUUGUUCAGACCGCCAUGGAGUUCUCCGACGACGAGCUCAAGCCGACGCUGUACGAGAAUGUUCGCAUGAUCAUCCCAGGCAUCCGCAACACUCCUCACGGUCGUCGCAUUGCCAGCAAGAUCCAAGAGUAUGAUAGUCGCAUGGCCAAUGGCAACACGUCCAUCCUCUCUCCUCUCGAGUCUGGUACGGUGCCUUCCACCAGCGGUCCAUACAACUCCGCCCAGCACACUCCCAACCGCCAGAACCGUCAAGGUAUGAUUGGUGCUCCGGUGCAGUGGGCCAACAGUGGCGCUGCAUUCGGCUCUGGCGGCUUCGAUGUCGGCAACUUUGGUGCCAAUGGCUACCCCAGCGACACUAUGACCUCUCCAACUGCUCAGCGCGGCCCUCAGAAUCCAUAUUCCAGCUACGCCAACGGCUUUGGCGCUGCCGCUUUCGUCUCUCCCGGCGCUCAGCAGCCAUACGGCCACUUUUAGGCAAACAUCCUUCCAAACUUUCGAGUUUGACCAUCACUGUAACACUAUCGCGGCGCGAUCGAUCUUGGUCACUCUUGGACAUGUGCAGACUGUUACCUGAAACAGUCAGGAUAUCUCAGCACUUGCACUCUCUCACACACACGCACACUCACACGCACACACUCACACGUCAUCUUCUCAGCAUCAGCUACGACACUUGACACGGCCGGCAUGUAAUUUACGCGACAGAGGUGUGACACAUUUUGUUUUCUCUACCCUUUUACUUCAACAACAGAUCUGACACCCGGCGUGGUCGUCAGUGGCUCCCAUCCAGCAUUUUCCACCCAAGAUUUUGCAUGCAGACGGCGCGCUGCGGACAUCUCACUGAUGCUCCUGUACCACUACCGACCACAUUGCAUCAUCUUCGGCGCAGUCUUUCUGAGUUUCCCGAGGACCUUUCGAUACUACUACUUCCUUACUACUUUUUUCAUUUGUUCGCAACGACAUAAGGGGGCGGGCGGGGGGUUAGCAGCAUCAUACGAACACACUUCAUGGCACGAUACGAGAUGACAUUUAGCCUGUAACAAAAAAGAAACCAGCUUGCAUAACCAAGCCCGGAGGCUACGAAUCGUUGGCUUUUGGUAUAUGGCACGAGAUGGGCCGUCACGAGAGCGAACUUUUGGGUAGGUAGCGCACAUGGCAAUUUUUGGCUAGCUUGUAUGAUAGUUGCAUCAAAAAUAUAAGCUGGCUCUA